CAUCCGGGCGUGUUGUCAGUUGUCGCUCACGGAAAAACUUAUUGUCGGGCAUCGCGCUUACUACGAAAGAAAAAAAAGAAAGAAAAACCGUGCCGCACGAACAAUUGCUUAGAUAAUAGCGGAGAAUUGCUGCGGGAGGAUCAGAAACGAUUGAUUUCGAUUUCGGUGGACGAUAUAUCGUGCCGUGGUGUGGAUAUUUUUCUUUGACGACAUAAGUGAGAGCGAAUACUUACAACGAAUGUAACGAUGAAUAUGAAGUGCGCGUUUCUUAUCGGAGCGUAAGUGUAAAAAUAAAGAGAGAAGACAAUCGACCGAGUGGCGUUUCCUUUUGUCGCUAAUACCACGCGCGUCGCUCUGAACGUCGUCAACUCGAAAACGUCAAACAAAAUGGGUGUGACACAUUCGGCACUCAGCAACCACAGAGUCGUGAAGAUUAAUUCUGAAAACGAUUCGCAGGAAAAACAUUUCGUUACCAAUCGAGUGAAAUCGCACAAGUACACAAUAUGGAACUUCAUUCCAAAGAAUCUCUUUGAGCAAUUUCGACGAGUGGCGAAUUUUUAUUUUCUGCUCUCGACGAUAAUCGCGGCUACGACAGAAUCGCCGGUCUCGCCAAUAACCAGCGCCUUACCUCUAUCGUUUGUCAUCCUGGUGACCGCGUGCAAACAGGGAUACGAAGAUUAUCUGCGUUACAAGACAGAUAAACGAGAUAAUCGGAGAUCAGUCAGUGUUAUCCGUAACAAAUGUUCGCAGGAUAUAUAUUGCGAGCAAAUAAUGGUGGGUGAUUUUGUGAAAGUCUCUCGGGACGAGGACGUGCCCUGCGAUAUCGUCCUCCUUUACAGCGAGACUCCGGGUUGUUGUUACGUCACAACGUCUAAUCUCGACGGCGAAACGAACUUAAAGACGUUACUCGUGCCGAAAGUGGUCUCGACGAUGACGCUGCAGGAAAUAGUGGCGAUGCAAGCGACGAUUACGUGCCAGCAACCUAUGGCCAACCUUUACACCUUCCAAGGCAAGCUCGAGAUUAACGACGACGGCGGCGGGACUAGCGGGCACUUGACAAUAGACAAUCUUAUGCUGCGCGGAUCGAGGCUGAAAGACACCGAGUACGUGGUCGGCUGCGCAAUUUACACCGGGCAGGACACAAAAUUGUCGCUCAACUCGAAGAUAAUCAGCAACAAAUUCUCCACUGCCGAGAAAUCUAUCAAUAAGUACCUUAUUGUAUAUGUCGUAAUACUGUUGACCGAAGUGUUGGUGUGUACCAUGCUGAAGCUGUAUUCCGAGACCUUCCAACGAUGGGAGAUUUACCUAGGUCCACAGCCCAGAAUCACUUUUAACUCGUUAGUCACGGAUAUUCUGAGCUUUCUUAUCUUGUUCAAUUACAUCGUGCCGAUAUCAUUGUACGUCAGCGUUGAAUUUCAGAAGUUCUUCGGCUCCUUCUACUUCGGCUGGGACUUAGACAUGUACGACAAGGCCAACGAUCAGCCGGCGAUCGCCAAUUCGUCAGACUUGAACGAAGAGCUCGGCCAGGUUGAAUAUCUGUUUACCGACAAGACCGGCACGCUUACGGAAAACCUGAUGAUAUUCAAACGUUGCUCGGUCGACGGUAACGUGUACAUAGAGAAAGAUUGCGACGGAAAUCUUUACUUGUUGCCACCAAACGGAAACGAGCAGGAGGCCGUCAAACAGGCGGCAUGGGAGAAGGACAUUUGGCACUUCAUGAUAAGCAUAUCGCUAUGCCACGUGGUCCAAAUCGCGCCGCCGAGUCGACGUCCCGAGAUCAUAGCCCGACGCACUCAGUUCCGCGAGAGCUUCAGAUUGAAAAAAAUCACGAGAGUCAACAGCUCGUUGAUGAUGCAUCCGGAUCUGCCGGAAUAUCAGGCGGCGUCGGCAGACGAAAAGGCAUUGGUGGAGGCGAGCGCCAGGUGCGGCGUCAUUUUGCAAAAGAAUACUAAUGACGAGAUGCACAUCAAGAUCAACGAGAACAAUCUGGUCUUCCAGAAGCUGGAGAUGCUGGAGUUCACCUCUGAGCGCAAAAGGAUGUCAGUAAUAGUGAAGGACACGGCCGGGGAUAUCUGGCUGUACUGCAAGGGUGCGGAUUCUUCUGUUAUGCCAUUGAUAACUGAAGGAACGAUACAAAAGGCCACCGUUCACGUCGAGGAUUUCUCUAUGAGAGGCCUGCGAACGCUGGUGGUGGCAUGCAAAAAGAUGAAGCAGCCCGAGUACGAGAGCCUGAUGCAGAACGUCGAGCAGGCCAGGCAGAUAAUCGGCCCGGAGAGAGAGACGUCUGUAAUGCGCGCGUACAAUCUCAUGGAGAGCGGGCUCACCUUGCUCGGAGUAACUGCGGUCGAGGAUCGCCUGCAGGACAAGGUGCAAGAGACCUUGGAAUGCCUGCGAGUCGCUGGCAUCAAGAUAUGGGUGCUUACUGGAGAUAAGGCAGAAACUGCGGAGAACAUCGCUUUCCUGUGCGGUCACUUCAAGAAAGGUACCGAGGUUCUAAAAUUAAUGGAGGAAACCUCAGGGCAAACCUGCUGCCUGGUUCUCACAACUAUCGAACGGAAAAUAAAAUUGGAACCAUACAAGCAGUACGGAUUGAUAAUAGACGGUACCAGCAUGGCGGCGACGUUACGAAACUGCCCAGAAUUAUUUAAAUCCGUCGGAAUGGCCUGCGAGGCGGUCGUUUGUUGCAGGCUGACGCCUCUGCAAAAGAGCGAGAUUGUGCACCUGAUAAAAACGGCACGGAACCGUCCGCACACUGCAGCUAUCGGCGACGGCGGUAACGACGUCUCGAUGAUACAGGAGGCGCACGUGGGUAUCGGGAUAUUGGGGAAAGAGGGUCGCCAGGCCGCGAUAUCCGCCGACUUCGCCUUCAGCAAGUUCAAAUAUCUGAGAAAAGCGUUGCUGGUGCACGGGCACUGGUAUUACCUGCGCAUCAGUUUCCUGAUGCAGUUCUUCUUUUACAAAAAUGUGGUGUUCAUAACGCCGCAGGUGCUGUUCGGCAUACACAACGGCUUCUCCACGCAGGAACUUUAUGACGGUAUAUUUCUAAUGGGUUUCAACUUGAUAUUCACGUCGUUUCCGAUAGUGAUAUAUGGAUUAUAUGAGCAGAAUUACAACGCGAGGAAACUCAUGGAGCAACCGUACUUGUAUAAACUGAAUAGAAACAAUUAUUUAAUGUCAAGACAACAAUUCGUGGCCUGGCUGUUCCUAGGAUUGUGGCACACCGUCAUAACUUAUUUUACAGUAUUCGCUGUGACAUACAUCAAUCCAACGUAUCUACACGACAACACGACGGUUGAUCACUGGACAUACAGCACAUGCAUUUUUCAUAUAGUUACUUUGCUAGCAAAUCUGCAGAUAUUGUUGCGCAGUUUAUAUUGGACAAUCCCACUCUUUCUGAGCGUGUUGCUAUCUGAAUUAGUAUUUUUCGCAAGCACCUAUAUCUAUUCAAUCGUAAAUUUAAAAUACGACGGCGAUAUGUCUGGGGUCUUUGAAAAAUUAUUACAGUCACCUUCGUUCUGGUUGAUUACUGUAUUUAUCAUUGUUACCUGCUUAAUACCCGAUUAUUUAUGGAUGACGUACAACACGUACAGGCCAUUGAAGAUCCUCCGUAGAAACGAAGAACCUCCGCGAAUUAUCAUUUGCAGCGACGACAACAGCGAUAAAUCUUCCAAUAUGGGACGUCGUGUGUUUCCAUGGAGAGGUAGCUUUUCGUUGCAGAGAAAUAAAUAAUACGCUGGAAAAGCAGUCAUUUGAGCGCUUCAGUAUUAUUCACACGAAUGAAGAAGUGAUUAUCUGAAACGGUACUGUAUUUAUGAUUCAUAGGUACAAUUUAAAGUACGACUGACAACAUCGUAUCAUUAGAUGAGCGUAAUUGAUAUGAUAAAAUCAUAGUCAAGACUCUUAAUGAGUACAGUUAACAGUAGCACUUUUUAACUGUAAUAAACGUUGAAUGAGUCUAAAGGCGAUUAUUUAGAUACAUAAAUUAUUUUUUAUUAUAAUAUUUACAGAGAAAUAAUAUUAAAUAUUAAUAGUAAUAAUUAUAAUUAAUUAAUAUUUAUAUUUAUGAGACAAAAGGAUGGAACGUUUAGCGAAUAUCUAGGCAUGAUAUUCGCAAAUCACGGUUCACAGCGAGAUACUAGUCGAUAAAAUUAAUUAUUUUUAUACAGGCAACUAGCUAUGCGUAAUGAUUGCACAGAUACAAACAAAUGUAACAUUACUAUAUAUCUGUAAUUAUUACUAUUCACCAAAUAUAAUUGUCUACAAGUUUUUAUUAAAUAUA